CCUGCGCAGCCGACUCGACUCCGGGCGGUGGAGGCGACGCGCCGGAGGGAAGAUGGAAGACUACCAGGCUGCUGAGGAGACGGCCUUCGUGGUGGACGAGGUGAGCAACAUUGUCAAGGAGGCCAUCGAGAGCGCCAUCGGGGGCAACGCCUACCAGCACAGCAAGGUGAACCAGUGGACCACCAACGUCGUGGAGCAGACGCUGAGCCAGCUCACCAAGCUGGGGAAGCCCUUCAAGUACAUCGUAACCUGUGUCAUCAUGCAGAAGAAUGGCGCGGGGCUCCACACAGCCAGCUCCUGCUUCUGGGACAGCUCCACUGACGGGAGCUGCACCGUGCGAUGGGAGAACAAGACCAUGUACUGCAUCGUCAGCGCGUUCGGCCUGUCCAUAUGAGCGCCUGCGGAGCCGUUCUCGGCGUUUCUGUUCUGCCCUCGCUGGCCGCGCGCUCCGCGGACACCAUGCUCAGUAUCUUCAAGUGUUUGUUUCGUGGCUCUCUCAGAAUGUAGAAGAACCAAAUGGCCGCACUGUUCUGUGAGCGCUGCCCCGCGGUCACACGGAUGUCACCAGCAGUGGCCGGGCACAAGCCCGCGUCGCCCUCGUCCCUGCUGGGAGCCUUUCUUUCCAAGGUGCUGAAGUCCACGGCAGGGAGCGUCCUCUUUCCUCUGGGAUGACUCGAGUACACCAAUUCUCCAUACUUUUUACUUUUGUUAGAAUAAAUUAUUACAGUGUAAA